AUGCCGGCGGCGGCGGGCGACGGGCUCCUGAGCGAGCCGCCGGCGGUGGCGGGCGGCGGCGGCGGCGGGGAGGCGCGGAAAGCGGCGGCGGGCGCGGAGGGCAGUUUCCUGGCCGCCUGGCUGAGCGCGGCGGCGGCGGCGCCGCGGGAGCGGCUCCGCGACUUCCAGCACACCAAGCGGGUCGGCAACUACCUGAUCGGCAGGAAGCUGGGAGAGGGGUCCUUCGCCAAGGUCCGGGAGGGGCUGCAUGUGCUCACCGGAGAGAAGGUGGCAGUGAAAGUAAUUGACAAGAAAAGAGCCAAAAAGGACACCUAUGUCACGAAGAAUCUGCGACGGGAAGGGCAGAUCCAGCAAAUGAUCCGCCACCCGAAUAUUGCUCAGCUGCUGGAUAUACUGGAAACUGAAAACAGCUACUACCUUGUCAUGGAGCUGUGCCCUGGUGGCAACUUGAUGCACAAGAUCUAUGAGAAAAAAAGACUUGAGGAGCAUGAAGCGCGCAAAUAUAUCCGGCAGCUUAUCCUGGCAGUUGAACAUCUUCACCGGGCAGGAGUAGUUCACAGAGACUUGAAGAUAGAAAAUCUGUUGCUAGAUGAAGACAACAAUAUCAAGCUUAUUGACUUUGGAUUGAGCAACUGUGCAGGCAUCUUGGGUUAUUCUGAUCCAUUCAGCACCCAGUGUGGGAGCCCAGCAUAUGCAGCCCCUGAACUUCUGGCAAGGAAAAAAUACGGGCCCAAAAUAGACGUUUGGUCCAUUGGGGUGAACAUGUACGCAAUGUUGACAGGAACAUUACCUUUUACUGUGGAGCCAUUCAGCUUGAGAGCUUUAUACCAGAAAAUGGUGGACAAAGAAAUGAACCCUUUUCCCACCCAGCUUUCUACAGCGGCCAUAAACUUUCUACGAUCUCUACUAGAGCCAGAUCCUGCAAAGAGACCAAACAUCCAGCAGGCACUUGCAAAUCGAUGGCUUAAUGAGAAUUACCCUGGAAGAGCACCACCUAAUGUCACAUAUCCAAACAGGAUUCACCUUGAGGACCUCAGCCAAAGCGUGCUGCUCCAUAUGACUGAGAAGCUCGGCUACAAGAACAGCGAUGUCAUCAACACUGUGCUCUCAAACAGGGCAAGUCACACGCUUGCCAUCUACUUUCUACUUAAUAAGAAGCUGGAGCGCUACUUGGCAAGCCUUAGGAAGUCUGAAGGCCAGGACAAUAUUUGCCACAAGAACCAACUAUACCAGGUAGAAAAAUACAAGGCAAAUAAAGACUCCUAUGAGGACAAAAAACUCAAAGAACAAGAAAAGAAAGGGGAGAUUCUUCACCGUCAGCUCCCAAAGAAAACUGAGAAAAGUCCAGUUUCAUAUAGACAGCCUUCUUCCUGUCUUAUCUCACAGAUACAGAACACCAAGGCUCUGCUGAAGGACCGGAAAGUCACCAAGGCUGGAGGUCCAGAGAAAGACUCCAGCGGUGGGGUAAGCCCUUUCCACGAACCCCUGGCAACCAAGACGGGCUGCGUCACUUCCAGCUCCCUGGAGUACCUCGAAGUCCAGCAGCCGCCCCCCAGAACCCCUCGGCUCCUCAAGAGGCAGGAGUCUCCGCAGCAGGAGCCGGCCCGGAUCGGGGGCCGGGCAAAGGACUCUCCUCUCAUCCUGAAUAUUGUGCACUCCUUCGAGUCGGUUGACAGAGAGGACCAAAUAGACCAGGUUUCCCCCUCUCAUCAGUACAGGAUUUUAGGCUCGCCAAUGAAUUUCCCUUACAAAAGCUCAAGUGAAAGGACACUGUCCCCGCUUUUUCAGCCAGGGAGUACGUCCCCCGUCCACCCCACCCAGGUCUCUUUCACGUAUGAAGAAAAAGCAUAUCCGGCAAAGGAAGAAGCCGUGUCCCCUACUCAGCUGGUUUCCAACAACCCCUUGGGCAGCCCCAACUGUGUUAAAAGCAGAGGCAGAUUCCCCAUGAUGGGGAUCGGACAGAUGCUGCGGAAGAGGAACCAGACGAUGCAGUCGGCGAGCGACAAGCCGCUGGAAGCGAGGAUGCCUCAGCUGCAGCAGAUGAGUCCCACGCAGAUUUCCUUCAAUGCAGCAGAUGCUGUCAGCGGCCAGUGUUAG